AUGACUGCGGAGCACGGGACGAAGUAUUUGUUGAUCCAUGAUGGACCUGAGGCGGAACGGCUCAAUCGGCAACAUGAGCGCCUAGAAGCACUCUUCGAUCACCGACUUUUGCCUGAGGGGCUUGAGCUGAAAGCGGAUGAUAGAAUGCUCGACUCGGGUACUGGGACUGGCAUUUGGGUCUGCGAGGUCGCCUCGAUGCCUACUGUACCGGAGACAGUACACAUAGACGGGAUCGACAUCACCUCGCAUCUUUUCCCGAUCUCGUUUCCCCCCAACGUGCACUUCUCGAUCGAGAACAUCCUCCACCUGCCAGAGUCGGCUUAUUCCAAGUAUGCACUCAACCUCUUCGCCGCACUUCGGCCCGGUGGAUGGCUGAAGAUGGAGGAGGUCCGCGCUCGGAUACCAGAGACACUCCCUCACUCGCAGCGGCUCAUGAAACUCAGCCUGGAAGUUGAGCACGUUCGAGGCAUCGACUUUGCCGCUGUGGACCAUUUUGAUACCUGGCUAAAGGAAGUGGGAUUCGAGCAGGUGCAGGUGGAGACGAAACCUUGGAUGCUAGGACCGGGAGAGACGUGGAAAGAGAAUCGGGAGCUAUUACUUGGGGCUUGGAGGGCCAUCCGACUGGGGACGAUGAAAGCGGGUGGGUCAUACGAGUCCAAUGCUUUCGAUCACGCGCUGAUUGUUGCAGGCCAUUCUUUCGGUAUCAGCGAGGAGGAAUGGGAACGGUUCAUUCGCGACCUUACACAGGAGCUGGAGGAGAAUGAGGCCAGAAUGACGAUCUUCAGCUUCACGGCUCGCAAGCCGGUGCAUUGA